AGAUCAGAAGAACAGACAAGGUGAAAAAGGAGGCCAUAUACAUACCAUUGGAGGAAUACAUGGAAGCCGUAGAUGACUACUUUAGCGACCUAGAAAUGAGGAGGUCGAAGGUGACUCGCAAGAUCUAUAUAGCCACAGACGACAUGGAAGUCAUUGUUGAAGCGAAAAAGAAAUAUCCGAAUUAUGAGAUAUUGUUCAACAAGGAGAGUGUAGCUAGUGCCAGCAUGGAUCAUCGUGAUUCACAAGACAAUAAGCGAUUCCUAAUGGCUGACGUCUACUUCCUCUCUCGCUCAGACUUCCUCGUGUGCGGCAUGUCUUCUAAUGUAAGUAUUUUAAACAAGUGCGAGUAUUCCUGUUCUUGUUAUAUAUGGUGUUAUUAG